UUUGAACCGUGUCUAUUGAGGUCGUCCGCAGCGAACUUGCGCGCAAAGUUUACUGCCGCGAAAGGGUUUUUCUUUGUCCCGAUCUUCGAGGACCUUGCCCUCGUAUUAUGUUUCCGCGCGAGACCAGCGACCAACCUUGGCCUAUUGAGGGGCCGAAUCGCGUUCAGCGUACGGAGUCGGAUCGAAAUUUUCGCGAUUGCCCGAAAUUUUGUUACGGAUACCCCGCGAAACGCGUACGCCGGGCGAUUUGAAAAUUCGAAGUGAACUCGUGAAAGGAAGGUGAGUGGACCGGACAGUGUCAGAAUCAGAACAGUGUAGUGUGCUUGAUAUCGGAGGUGAUUCGAACUGAAGCCAUCAUGUCUACCGGUAAACGUUUAGCGAAGCGCUCUAUCAUAGGGACGCGCGUAGCGGCUCUCGGCGACGACGGACUGUACUACUCGGGGAUGAUCCAGGCGGUGAAAACGCCGGCUCCUUUCCCGGAGAACAACAAUUGUAUAAAUUUAACACCGAACACCCGUUACACGGUGCGGUUUGACGGCGGCAAGCUGACGCGGGAGUACCGCGACGCAGAGCUGAUCGGGCCCGGCUUCCGCGGGCUGGCCGGCGUGCGGCUGCGGGCGGGCCAGCGCGUCUUCCUCACGUACAAUGGGCGCGAGGUGCGCGCCGACGUGCUCGACCACGACCACGACUCCGACGAGCUCCGCGUACAGGUGCACGCGCCAGCCGCCGAGGUGCCCAUAGAGCUAAGGAAGAGAUUAGAUGAGAUAAGACUGCUGGAGUCUCGAAAGUCGGCGCGGCUUGCGGAUGUAGAUACUGAUUUCGCAAGGCUGGCCGACAUGGCCGGCGAUCGACGCCGCGCCUCCGCCACUAUCGAAGUGCCUGCACAUCAUAUGCAAGGAUCACGUAAACGAGGUCCAAGUAGUUCUUGCGACCUGGGCUACGGGGAGAGAGAUGAUCAAAUGAACGAAUGCAACGCAGCACUCGUCCUUAUGUCACUCAGCUGUUCACCAAAUUCACCUCGACCCAGUGCAUGGGGUGACAGGUCAUCAGUGUCUCCUGGUGCAAGCAGCAGUUCUGGCUCAUCAUGGCGGUCGGGUACUCCAUCACCACCUCCUGUCUCUUCAUCAUUCAGCGACGAAGGCAUUGCUAUGGACUACGAAGAUAAACCACCCACCAAAAAGAGGAUUAACAUUGUAUUCGAAUGCACCUGGAGAGGAUGUGGUUACAUCACGGGGUCCUGUUCUUCUAUCGAGGCACACAUCAGACAAACACACUUAGGGCCAAAGAAAGAAGGCGAGAGUGACCACGAAGAAGAGUUCUACUACACGGAGAGCGAGGUAACUGCGGCGGCGCCGGCGCCCACCCUGUCCCACCGAGACAUGUGCCGCCCGCCGCACGAGGACCCUGACUACCAGCGGCAGCUAGUAGGAUCCUACAGACAAGGGCUGUUGUCAACUAUGCAAAAUGGAUCAGCGCGGCCCAUCAGCAUUCCCAUAACGCAUUCCUGGUCAACCUCACAUUCACCGAAGCACAUAAAGUUCACCGGAGCCAACAGCUCGCCCGGCAGCCCGGGCCGCCGCCCCCGCUCAGACAACAAGAAGUGCCGCAAGGUGUACGGGAUGGACCAACGCGACCUCUGGUGUACACAAUGCAAGUGGAAGAAAGCGUGCACGCGUUUCGGCGACUAGCGCACACGACGGUCGCUCGCUGCCACGCGUGCUCUGAUGAACUCUUAAGUGAACGGCUUCGCCACCGAAAGUGAAGCUUUCCUCUCUCGGACUGAAAGUCUCAGACCAGAUACAAAAGUAUUCCUCGGCCGAGACUAGAAAACUAUUCCGUGUGCGGGACGUGAUUAACUAGGUUAAGACGAGAAUAUAUAAAUGAGGUUUUAUUUACGGAGUAUAUACAUAUAGGUUAAAGUUAAAGGGAGACAUAUUUUUUUGCUCUGAAUGUGGCUCGUAUUUUGACUGCGAAAUGGACAUUGCCCACGUAUUUUUGUAGCGCGGUAGAUUUGCCUUUACUGACGCGACGUGCGCACGACGACAGUGUCGCCUCGGUCGGAGACUGUGAAUAAUAGUUUUAGGAACUAGAUUUAAGGUUAGACUGACAAUGCGAUGUGACGUGGAAACUAUUGUUAAGUUCCAAUGUGCGCAAUACGCACCCUCGUACAAUUUUAGUCGUUGACUAUAAGAUUUUCACUAUUUUCUACCGAUUCUUGUUAGCUAUAGAUACUCGUAAAUAUUGAGCAAUAAUUAUACUGAAGCAAGAUUUUUGACAUGUUAUUUUUAAAGGACGAAUAAAUGGCCGACUUAUCUACUAGAUAAAAAUUUAAAUAUUUAGUAUUGCUUAUGAUGUAUUCCAAUCCCAUAUCUUUGUUUGCUCAAUUUUUUUGUAAAAUUCACUCAUUUGCUAUAUUAUCAUCGAUACCUUUUUACUCAUCUAAAUUAUUAUUCAUGGGUGCUAUAUGUUUUUUUUUAAUUUUAGUUUUGUACCAUAUGCUUACCUGUAGGUAAUGUCUGUAAUGGUCCCUGUCGAACUUUCGGUAAUGAUUUGAUUAUAUUUGAUUAUACAUUUAUAUGGGGCUUUGUUGAUGUUCGUAAAAUGUAUCAGUAUGAAGUCAGUGAAUUCCGUCCACGUCUUCAACAGUUCUUUAGUACUACAGUAUGUACUUACAGCCGCCUGACAAUAUUUCCACGUCGCAUCCGCCUGCGGUGCAUACGACGCGCCAAAACAAAGUCGACCCGGUAAAGCAAUCCGGUCGCAAUAAACUUCAGUGAUAUUAAUCACUAAUUAUAUAUGUUUUGACUGAAUUAUUAGGUAAUAAUGAAUAAAAAACAUGUAGUAAUAUAUGACUUAGUACCGUAAGUUAUCUCAGAUUCGACAAAAAGACUACACAAAUUUAGACUUAAAUUUUUAUGAACAUAUCUGUAUUGUAUACAUUGUUGGAUCUAUCCGAACAAGGAGACAAUACUCAAGCCGGAGGUGCCGACCUGUGAGUGAGGAAAUUACUGAUGAUUGCUUAUGGCCGAUGCACGAGUGUUGACCAGCCAAGGCUAUGACUACACAAGGGAACAAAUAGUGUCAGUAACAUCACACUACCCUCAUCAUUUGGCUGAACCCGCUACGAGCUCUGAAUAUCUGAAUCUGAAAAUUGAAUGAAAGAAUUGAUGAAGGCGACGUUAUGAACCUGGAUCAUUAGAAGAUAAAAUAACCAAGGAGUAUUAUGCUACACAUGUUAUGAGAGCGACAUCACAAAAAUAUCUAAAAUAACUGUAUGAUUCCAGUCAACUCAAAUAUCUCCAUCUUGAAGACGAAAAAUGUGAUAAAGAAGGAAACAAGACAAGCUAAACGAGCAAAGGCGAUUGCGAGCUGCAAUAUUAUUUGUUAAGUAUUAUAUAUAAACUAUAUUUUGUAAAUAGAUAAUUAUAUUGAAAAUUAUAUUUAAUUAAGUAAUAUAUUACCUACUCUUUAAUGAAUCAAAGCAAUGUUUGGAUAUGUACAUAAAAUAAAAUUAUAUCGCUUUAGUAACUGUUACUUAAUGUGAUCGUUAAACGGAUUUCUAUUUAUUAUUUGUACGAUAUCACAAUGUUACUGUGAAAUAGAAUGUUUUAAUAUACUUUUUAAUACAAACAGCGCGGUAUUUCGAAGUCCAAUAGCAAUUAUCUUCGAUACGUAAUAUGUAAAGCUAAAGUAGGUACACAAUAUUAUAUAUUUUAUAAAAACCUCUUUUCUUGCAGUUUUCCAGAAAUCAUAAUUCGUCUGUGCCAAUUUUAAAUUAUGAAUUCAAUUUAUAUUUAAACAAAGUAUCACAGCUAAACAUUCAUAAAAAUAGAUUUCUCUUUUUAAAUUCACAUUUAUUUAUUUGUUUUACCUAUACAUUACAACAAGGAAUUUAGAGUUUUAAUUUCACAAAACCAGCAUGGCAAUGCACGUAGUACAAACACCAUUAAUUACCAUAUUCCGUCGUCUCCUUUGGAAUUCAAGAGAUUAAGAUAUGAUUCACUGCCAAAUCAAUAUACACAAAGAGAUGUGUGUUUCUUUUGUAGAAGCUGGUGCAUGAAUUUUAAAAAUGUGUUGUAUGUCUAGCUGUAGAAAUGCCAGCGACGAGGUAUUUACAACCUCUGCAGCAUUCUACAAUUCAAAAGGGUUAUAUCAUUAUUAGGCUACGAUAAUAUGACGCAUAUGAUGCGAUCUCAUACUGCCAAGUCUGCCGAAGCAGAAACAUCUCCUGCCGUAAUAUCACCACAUUAUUGAGUAUUCUUAGCAUAUACAAAAUGGCGUAACAAAUAUAAUUUUGUUUAUUUUAAUUUUCAACGAAUGCAACUAUUUUCUUGCCAAAUCUUCAACAUUAUAUCAAGUUAGUAGAUAUCUACAUAAAAACACCUAUGUGUUAGCUCUCGUUAUGUUACAACAUAUCUUUUAUUGAACAAGGUGUACCUGGAAACAUUACCAAAUACCUACAUAUUAAUUGCAAUAAUGGUUGUGAUACAUCAUGAUAUGGUUGUUCGUAAUGAAGAACUUUUAUUUGAAGCAAUGAAACUCCGCGCUCAUCAAACCAAAUGAUCACUUUUAGCGUAAGUGAACAACUCAGCUAGCAAUUUGACAACUGCCAUAUUGUAAGGAUCUAGAUGUAAUUUGAUAUAAAUCAUAGCUAUUAGUGAUAUUUUAAGUUGAAGUCAUGUUGUAGUAUUUAAUAAUUCUAAGUACAAUGAAAUCAUAAAGCCUGUAGGUACCAACCUUUGCAUAGGUAAUUUUAUUUUUCUUAAUAUUCAAGGAAUCUAGAGGCAUUCAAAGUAUUUUUCCUGUACCGUACAGUACCUUAAAAACUGUAAUAUUUGACACUGCAAAUCUUCUCGGAACUUUUAUAUGUAGUGUCUCUCUUCAAAUUCACAUUGCGCAAGAGAAACUAUUUCCCGAACUCCUCGGAAGAAAAGUCCAAAAGUAAAAUUAUAAUUUCCAACACCUAUUGGUGCUACUUCGCUCGGUUAAACAUACAAUGUGCAGAUCUCAAUUUAUGUUGAAGCUAUUAGAUUUAUGUAUAUUAUAUACCUAGUGUCGAGACACUAGACCUACCUUUUUUCUAAGUAGAUAAGAAUUUUAUUUUUAGCUGUUUUAGAUAAAGACAAUUUUAUUUUAUGUAAGUAAUUUGUAUAUUGUUUAUAUACUAUACUUACUAUUAAUUAAUUUAUUUAGCCAAAAUUUUGCUCAAUAUUGUAUACACUCAACACCAAAGUCAUAAUAAUAAAAAAUAAUAGAUACUUUACCAAAUCAGUACAAAAAGCAUAAUUUAGAAGAAUUUUUUCUCACAUCAACAAAAUUAUAGAUUUAUUUUUUGAUGUGCGUUGAUAAACGCGACUUCAAAUAACACAAAACAAUGCAUUAAGAAAAUUUAUUUCUACACCCAUACAACAUAACUUUACAAGUGAUUAUUUUUAUAAAAUAUGUAAACAGAAAUUGUCAUAAUAAACCAAUACUUGCGUUCAUACAAAAUAUGAUCGCUUCAAGCUCGAUGUUAAGUAAUCUGCCUCUAUAGAAAACAACGAAUAUGUGUAAUGCUUACAAGUGAUAUGUUUCUACCCCAAACGUUCUUAAAGUCCUGAUGUAACUGCCCAUACAAACUGAUAUGGAGAAACAGACGUAACUCUAUCGAUAAUUUUACACAAGUAAGAUUACCUGUUAUUUUAAGUUUUUUUUUUAUUUUCAAGUCUUUGAAUUCAUUACAAGGUAUUUAUUUUUAAUAUCUUUAUGAACUUCAGAACUCUAGGGGUAGUGACAUUUCACUACAUCAUUAUAUUUCAAAUAUUUUAAAUUUUUACAAAUAAUUUCCACAACAGGAACGUUCAGGAAUCUCCAAUACGUAUUACGUUGUUUUAUAUAAAGAAUAUUUGCCAUAUUAUAUUUUUUUUAAUAUGACCAAUAUUCCUUUUCCUCUCCAACUAGUCGGAAAACACUGUUAGGAGUGGGUACGACAAUACCCAAUGGGUGGGGAUCGAACCACCUCGACCUCUCAGUGAUGAGUCCGGACCUUUUACCGUUGAGCUAUUGAGGCUUUUAUAGAAUUUGUGUUGGAGAGAUCCGAGACGAGCCCUAGUCCCGUCUAAGUCUUUUUCAUAACUUUAUCUGUUUCAUUUGAAUCACGUGUUAAUGGUUUCUUUUUUAUGGUAAAGAGUGUGUUUAUUUAUUUGUAAGAUUUAUAAUGUUUAUGUGAUGAAAAAUAUAUGACGUCAGUCCACAUUAAACAUAUUGUUUCGUUAUUUUAAAUUGUAAGUAGAUAAUUAUUUUACCUAGUAUUAAAAAAGAAUAUAAUACGUCAUAGUACUUAGUUAAUGGAAAUCUUAUUAUAUUGAGAAACGAAUACUUUUGUUUAUCUCUAAAUUUAUUUUUUAGUAAAAUUCUAAUUAUUAUUUAUCAGUAAGAUAACAGUGAAAGAUCAUUCUACUGAGGUUCUUAAGAAUAGUAUUGACAUAACAAAGAUUUUAUUUAAUGUACCUACUUUUUUAUUGAAAGAUCAUCGACAGCCUUUGACCACAACUCGACCAACCGUCAUAUUUUCCGUUUCCGAUAUAAGUAGUUUAUAUUAUUUCGUUUAAAUGCAUUAUAAAUCAUGUAAAUAUGUAAAAAAAACAUCCACUAGCUGGCGAUAAUAUUUCAAAUUCGAGAGACCUAAUGUAUUUAGAUAACAUGUAAAAAGUAAUAAUAGACAUUAGACAUCAUGUAUUGUUUUUUUAAAUCUUACUUACCUGUUACUCGCUAGGUCGCAUAUAUCAACUGGUGUUGCCACAACUUGAGGUUCUGUCUGUCAGUUACUAUACCUAACUGGGGACAAAUAGAGAUAGUCUCUACCUUUUCUCUCUUUGUCCCUCUCCGUAACGAAUGGUGACGGUAUACGGAUACGGAAGAAAAAUUAUUUUCUUCCGAUUGUCUGUUAGGUAUAGUUUUACUUACCUAUUCUUUAACCUGAUCUAAAUUAAAUUGUAAAUGGGUACAUGAAUCCAUUAAUUAUAAUAUAUUUCCAUUAACAGAGCCUUAGCUCGUGACAAUACCUACCUACGUCUCAUAGAGUUAUGGAAAUAUUAUUCCUUAUAUUUUGCUGUAAAAUAUGAAAUUGUAUAUUGUAUUUACCCUUUAAUAUGGUUCUGACUAAAGAUGUUACACGCAUAACUCGGCACAGGUGGAUAAUACCCACCCAAAUCUACAUAAUCAUUUGGUCCAAUUGAAUGAAUAAUUAGUUCUAAAGAGUGAAUAUAUCAAUUACUUAAGCGGAUUCAAUCGUUAAACAACAUUGCCGCAUCUUAUUCCCACCCAGUGUGCAUAGUGGGAGUUUUCAAUAUUUUAAUACUGUUACUAUCGCGUUAACGUAAACGUGAAUUUAUAUGUAAUUGAAACAGUUGUGCAGUAAUGUUACUAGAUGGCGCUGUAUCAAUUUCUUUGAAAUUCGUGUUUACGUUAACGCGAUAGUCACAGUAUCAAACUGCCACUAGGCCCUCAGUUAUGUGUGUAGCUUCCCUAAGACGUGUGAAUAGUUGCAUAUUUAAAUUUUCCUUUAAUUAAUGUUAAAAUUCAAUUACAUUUUAUGUGGGCAGUCUUAUGAAAAUAUGUCUCCUAUUCUUAAGUAGGUAUGAGUAGGUACAUAUUAUGUAAACGGUUAAUAGAUUGGGCGUGAGGACCAUAAGCAUUAGUUUUGACACAGAAAUGUACAUCUAUCUACGUAUUCUUAAGACAAAUACUGAUCUUUAGGGCUUUUCUGUAUGGAUGUUUAAUUUUAUAAAGCAAAGUGAGAAUUCGUCUUUAAAAAAUAUAUCAGCUUGUUUGUAUGAACAAAUAUUUAAACCGGAACGGAACGUACAUCGUACCGGAACACUAAACCGCCAAGCGAUUUAGCAUUCCGGUUUAAUGUCGUGUAGAAACCGCAAGGGGUGUAGAUUUUCAUCCUACCCCUAACAAGUUAGCCCGCUUCCAUCUUAGAUUGUAUCGUCAUUUACCAUCAGGUGAGAUUGUAGUCAAGGGCUAACUUGUAGAGAAUAAAAAAUGGGGAGGAAAUAUCCAUACAGAAUUAGCAAGGCUUUACUGAGCAUUAUUGUUUUUUUCCAAAAUUCAGAGAAAUAACAAUCGUAUUCGAAUUCCAACUUUAGGUUUUGAUUUUACAUAAACACGACUUAUUUAAAUAUCAGCCCAUUUCGACAAUGCAGGUUAUUUUUAUAUUACAGAUUAGCUCAGGAUUUAUUAUUGCUAUUAAUAUAUUUAUUAUUAUAAGUGUAGGUACCUGCCUAUGUCUGACAUUGCAAUAUUCGUGUUUUCUCAAUAAUUAAUGGCAUAUCGUCGAACGCAUCGGUUUCAUGGUUACCAUUAGUUUUAAGUAAGUACUGUAAAAAAUAUUAUGAAUCAAAGGGUAUUGUUUGAGAUGUUAUUUUAUACUUACUUUGAUCAGAUAGGUCUAUACUUAGAUAUACUUCUAAGUUGUCAAUAUCACAGCAGUUUUUACCGACACUGUCAGCUCAGUGACUUAGAGGUUUUUAUUUUUCACUCAGAUAAAGAAUCCGUAGUUUUAUACGAAAAAAAAAUAUUUAACCAAAUAAGCCACCAAUACAACACGAAACUAUUCAGUGGUAAAAAUUAGCUGGCAGGAGAUCUACUGUGAUAUUAAUAAUUCUAUUUAUUAAUCUUUCUAGAUUAUUAUUUAUAAUUUAAUGUUGAUAUGUGAGUGUGUGUUAUAUUUACAGAAAUCGUAUUAGAUUUAGGCGAUGUUAUUUUAUACUGUACCUAAUGUGAAGGUCCAGAAAGUGUUCCAAAUUAUUAUUGAUUUAUUGAUCGGAGUGUUUCAAAGUUAUAUAAUUAUAGUUUUUAGCUUUUACCCCCGAUUACCAUAAAUUUUCAAAUUUGUUGAAAUAUGAACAAGAUUUAUAAAAAUACGUACCAAAUAUAAAUAAAUACACGUGUCGAAAUUACCCACAUAUAAUUAUAGGUCAUAAACGUACAGUUAUUUAUUUGUUUAGAGUUUCUUAUAAUUUUUGUAAUUAAAUAAACAAUAACAGGGGUAAAACAUCUUCAAAUUCACAUACCUACCUACGUUAAUGUACGUAAAUGUUUCAAGUACUUACAUACAUCUACAAAUUUUAUAGAAGUUAGUGGUACAACAGAAAAGCUCUCUAUGUAUAAUGUCUUUGUUAACGUGCGGUAUUGUUCUAUUUUAUUUAUUUUAAUUAAAUAAUUCGAUUGUGAAGCAUACGAAUAGGUAUUACCUGUUCAUAAUCUCAUAUUAUAUAUGCAUUACACGAUGAUUUAACUAAGUCCCUAGUAAAAUACGAAUGUCAUAAUAAUAUUGCUUCAAAUAGCCUAAUUAAUUUUACCUCAAUUAAUUUUAAAAUGAAUUUAUGUCUUGAAAAAUAUA